AAUGGGCUCAAAACCAUUAAAAUUUCGGAAAACGCAAUCAUAAUAAACCGUUAAUAAUAAUAUAAUUCUAUUAAAUAAUGUUUCAAGUGUAUUUAUAACGUUGGAAACAAAAAUUAUAGUGUUAUUCUAUGUAUCGCUUGCAGUCUUUAAUGUUUCUGGCCGCUAUGGCCGAGUCUAGCUGAAGCUGUACGCCCUCGCACUCGCUCGACAAGGGACGCGAAAAUGCGCUGGAUAUUUCCCGUGCCAGUUCUUCUCAUGUCCUGGCUCGGAGUCGACCAAGUUAAGGCAAACUCCUGCAUCAAAACUGCACUAUGGGCUCUAAGUCUCAGCCCGCUAGUACAGGCGGAAUGCCAAACUCGAACGAUAUUCUGCUAUGAGUGCGACAGCUGGACAGACUACCGCUGUAAAGACCCGUUCAACUAUACGGCAUUGCCGCGCGACCAGCCGCCGCUGGAGUCCUGUAACGGGUGCUGCGUCAAGAUGGUGCGCUCGUCUAAGAGUCCGUACGAGUCGGUCCGGCGAACGUGCACGUCUCAGCUACAGAUCAACUUGUUCAUGGUCGACCACGUUUGCAUGAUGGAAAGUACGGGAACUGGCCACAUGUGUUUCUGUGAAGAAGACAUGUGUAACACGUCGGUGGCAGUGACACCAACGCUAAUACUAACGCUGAUCCUAGCAUGCGCAAGUGCAUGGAGAUGAAGUAGGAUUUUAGACGGCCUGGUGGGUGAAUCGAUCGAUUUGUUUCAUCGAUGAUUUACAACGUGUCACAUCACUAUAGUCUUGCCGUGGUGCCGUAUCUAUAUCUUAUUUUAUAAAGUUGAAGAGUUUGUUUGUUUGAUUGCGCUAAUCUCAGGAACUACUGGUUCGAAUUGAAAAAUUCUUUUUGCGUCGAAUAGACCAUUUGUCGAGGAAAGCUUUAGGCUAUAUAACAUCACGCUGCAACUAUUAAGAGCGAAGAAAUAAUGGAAAAUGUGAAAAAAAAAGGAAAUUAUUCAUCCUCGAGGGCUUCAAUGAUGCCCGUAAUAACUAUUCUACGCGGACGAAGUCGCGGGCACAGCUAGUUGGUGAUAAUUUUAAUUGUUCGAAAACCGUGUUCGUUUAUUGGCUAAA